AGCUACCCUGGCAGGGCUGGAGGCAGUGAUGACACGGUUACGGUGCGUUACUCCUCCCAGUAUGAGGAGAGACUGGACCCCUUCGCCUCCUUCAGCAAGAGGGAACGCCAGCGCAGAUACCUGAGCCUCAGCCCCUGGGACAAGGUUACCCUCAGCCUGGGUCGUGGUAUUCUCUCCAACAAGAUGGCCAGAACCAUUGCUUUCUUUUACACCAUCUUCCUGCAUUGCCUGGUCUUCCUGGUGCUGUACAAGACUGCCUGGAGUGAGAGCAUCGGUCGAGACUGCUCUGCCUUCUGUGCUAAGAAGUACUCGGAUCACCUGCAUCGUUUCCAUGAGAACGGGGACAACCUGUGAUGUCAACCGGGAUGUCAACAAGUCGUGGCGAGACAAAGGGCAGACUGGAAUAGCAGCUUUAUUUUCUCCAGUAGAUGUUUUUACCCACUGGGGUGUGCUUUCUCUCUGCUUUG